UUUUUUUUUACCUCUGCAUCCAUCUUACUACUAGAUUAUAUCAAUAAUAGCAAUGAGAUUAUUUCUAUGGACGUUAAUCAUGAUAGGUAGUAGACUUCCAUCAAGCAUGGCAGCAGGAAUAACAUUAUUGUAUGAUGAUGGUCAUAAUCAAGAACUUCCAUAUGGUAUAUGCACUUCCAAUCCACUCCAUAAUGAGCAUUUGAGCUCGAUCAAAUUUGAAGCAGUCAGCGCAUGCAACCUGUAUGAUGACAGUGAAUGUCAAUCCGUCCCUGAAACCACCUUGGAACCCAUCAUGUUUAACUCUGGCACAGAAAUCAAACGUGGUGGCGAUGGUAGUAAUGAAUUUACAUCCAAUUUUAUAAUCUGUAUGGGAGACUAA